UCCAGCUGUGCAUAUAAACCUGCAGCUGCUCCCUCGCAGUGUGCAGAGCCACUGAUCCACUGUGUCACAGCCAUGGCUUUCCGCAAACUUCUCACUGCGCUGGUACUCAUCCACAGCACCGGAGGUUUGUUUGGGGCUGAGGUGAGGAGCUCCAUUGUCGGAGGGCAGGAUGCUGCAAAGGGCAGCUGGCCGUGGAUGGUCCACCUCAACAUCACGUCUGAUGGCAUCAACAAGUGGCGCUGUGGCGGCACCAUCCUCAACAGUGAGUGGGUGCUGACUGCUGCACACUGCUGGGAUCCUAAGCUUGACUUCAAUGCGCGUCGAUCUGGCGUUUGGGUCGGCGCACACAACCUGCAAAAGGGAGCUGAACGUUACGUAGGCAUACUUCAUGUCAUACGUCACCAGAAUUACCAAGCCGUGGGCAAUGGCUACGUGAACGACAUCGCUCUGUUGAAGCUGAAGAAAAAGCUUACAUUCUCAGCGAAUGUCGACCCAGUGAGUCUGCCCAGCGUCGACGACACCUUCGAUUCAUCCUCUGAGUGUUGGAUCACUGGCUGGGGGAACGUUGGGACUAAUG